AACAACAACUUUACAGAACAACCAUUCAGCUUGUAAUAUUUGGCUUUGCCGGAGAAUAUUGCACAUGAACCAGGAUGAAGUUGAGCCCACGGGAACAAGAGAGCCUGUUGAUUGAACAGGCGGGCAGAGUGGCGCAGAGACGGCUGGCCAGAGGCCUUCGACUCAACCACCCAGAAGCUGUUGCCCUGAUAGCCUGCCAGAUCCAGGAACUGAUCAGAGAUGGCACCCACCCUGUAUGUGAGCUUAUGCAGAUGGGGCGACAAAUGUUGGGUACAAAUCAGGUGCAGCCAGGCGUUGAAGACAUGAUCUCAGAGGUACAGGUAGAGGGCACCUUUAAGGAUGGCACCAAACUGGUGACAGUGCACCAGCCUAUUGUGUUAGAUAAUGGUAACCUGGAGCUAGCUCUGUAUGGAAGCUUUCUUCCCAUUCCAGAUGUGAACGUCUUCAACGCUGGGGCCGAACUUCAUGAGAUCCCAGGUCAGGUUUACACCGAGCCCGGUGACAUUGAAAUGAACGUGGGUCGUAAAACUGCUAAUGUCACGGUCACCAGUCUCUGUGACAGGCCCAUUCAGGUUGGCAGCCAUUACCAUUUCCUGGAGGUCAACAAGUACCUACAGUUUGACAGAGCUCUGGCUUAUGGCAAGAGACUGAAUAUCCCAGCAGGCACUGCAGUCCGGUUUGAACCGGGUGAGACCAGAGAGGUCCAGCUGGUGGAGAUCGCAGGGAACAGUGUUAUCCAUGGUGGAAACUUCCUCAGUGAUGGCAAGUUUGAUGAGUCCAAGUUGGCCACUAUUUUGGAGAACAUCAAGAGUAGAGGUUUUGCACACAAGACUCAGAAAGAAAGUCUCCUAAAGAGGCCUAAGACAAACCUGUGUGUGAUGUCACGUCACGUCUAUGCACACACGUACGGCCCUACAACAGGGGACUGUGUUCGGCUGGGGGACACAUCUCUGAUCAUAGAGGUAGAGAAGGACUUCACUGUGUACGGGGACGAGUGCAAGUUUGGAGGUGGAAAGGUCCUUAGAGAAGGCAUGGGACAGAAAGCCGGGGUCAGUGCAGUGGAUGCCCUGGACACUGUCAUCACUAAUGCCCUGAUUGUAGAUGCUGUGACGGGGAUCAUCAAGGCUGAUGUGGGCAUAAAGGACGGCAUGAUCAUUGGCAUUGGCAAAGCAGGGAACCCAGAUGUCAUGGCAAACGUGAGCCCGAAUCUGGUAUGUGGUGCGACCACCGAGGCUAUUGCGGGUGAGGGACUGAUCCUGACCGCUGGAGCUCUGGACGCACACGUCCACUUCAUCUGUCCGCAGCUGGCCAGAGAGGCAGUGGCCUCGGGAGUGACCACCAUGUUUGGGGGUGGAACCGGGCCUGCUACUGGCAGCAAUGCCACAACAUGUACUCCCGGGCCGAACCAUAUCAAAGCAAUGAUGCAGAGUACUGAUGCCUUCCCACUCAACUUUGGAUUUACAGGAAAAGGCAAUACCUCCCAGCUAGAUGGAAUAUCCAAGGAACUGGAAGAACAAAUAGAGGCUGGUGCAAUUGGGAUGAAGCUUCAUGAGGACUGGGGUUCCACCCCUGCAGCCAUUGACACCUGUUUGCGUGUAGCAGAGAAACAUGACGUACAAGUGAUGAUCCACACAGACACCCUGAAUGAAUCAUCAUGUGUGGAACAGACAAUAGAAGCUUUCAAGGGUCGAACCAUCCACACCUACCACUCAGAGGGUGCUGGGGGUGGCCACGCCCCUGACAUCAUCAAGGUGUGUGGAGUGUCCAACGUCCUUCCCUCGUCCACCAACCCCACCCGCCCGUACACUGUCAACACCAUCGACGAACACCUGGACAUGCUCAUGGUCUGUCACCAUCUGGACAAGAACCUCAAAGAAGAUGUUGCUUUUGCUGAGUCACGAAUCAGGGCAGAGACCAUUGCUGCUGAGGAUAUCCUCCAUGACAUGGGAGCCAUCAGUAUCAUCGCAUCAGACUCACAGGCCAUGGGGAGAGUGGGUGAGGUCAUCACAAGGACAUGGCAGACAGCAGACAAGAUGAAGCAGCAGCGAGGCGUGCUGGCCGGGGAGACCGGGGACAACGACAACCUCCGCGUCAAGAGAUACGUGGCCAAGUACACCAUCAACCCAGCAAUCAGUAACGGCAUGGGACAUCUUAUUGGGUCUGUAGAGAAAGACAAGUUGGCUGACUUGGUUCUGUGGAAGCCAGCUUUCUUUGGUGCCAAACCAGAAAUCAUCAUCAAGGGUGGACAUAUUGUAUGGGCUCAGAUGGGGAUGCCCAAUGCCUCUAUCCCCACCCCUGAACCAGUCAAGACCAGGAAGAUGUUUGGUGCUUACGGCAAGGCAGUCGGCAACACCUCUGUCAUGUUUGUUUCUAAGACGUGCCCGACCAGCAUGACUCAGAAGGCGUCCCGGUCGCCUUGGUUCCGGGCUCGCUUCAUAGAAAAUCUCAAACUGUUCCUGCACAAGAGGGAAGUUUUCGACCCGGACACUUUCAACAUGUUGAACGGAGACUCUGCGCCGUUUGGUGUCAACGGGCUGGACGUUAAAGGUUUGAAAGAGACGCUCCAGAACCCAAACCUGACGUUCCCAGAGGCGAUGUCGGAGCCCCGGAAGGAGUGUGUGACAUGCGCAGUGGUCGGCACGGGCGGGAACCUCAAGUUUUCGGGGAAGGGGGAGGAGAUAGACAGCCAUGAUUAUGUCUUCAGGGUGAACGUGGCCUUGACCGGGAAACGGUACGUGAAUGACGUCGGCAACAAGUCGUCAUUCUACGGCUUCUUCCCGGAGUCCAUCGUCAACAGGAUCAACUUCGGACGGGACGACAAGUUCGACGACGUCACCCUAAUGAUGAUGAUGCUCUUCAGCGACUUCCACAUCAAAUGGCUCCGUAGUACGUUACAGGGCAGAGAGCCCGACAAAAUCUGCGCCAACCAUUGGGGACAGACGUAUUGUCGGUCCAUGCCUGCUCCGAAGUACAAGCAGGGUAACAUGAUGAUCGUACACCCACACUUCUUCCGCUACGUGCACGAGAGAUUCCUCAACUCCACCUCGAGUCGACCAACCACCGGCACGAUGGUCAUUCUAUUAGCCAUUCAUUUAUGUGAUCAGGUCGACAUGUAUGGUUUCGGGUUCGAUACCCGUUUUCCCCUGCAUUACUACGAUGGACAGAGAGUGGAGGAUGCCCUUAAUGAACCCAGUUCACACAGUUACCCCAAUGAGAAAAUCCUCUGGAACAAACUCCACUCAGAAGGACUCGUGAAUUGGAAACUAAGACCUGGAACCUAAAAUUUCCUUCAAAAAUUCUACACAUUUGUAGGUGAAAUAUCCUGACCCUAGACGUGCAGAAAACAUCUGCACUAUAUAGUAUCAAAUUAUGAUUUUCCUGUAUAUGGCUAUAGAUAUGUCACUCAUAAGGCAGCUUGGAAGUUGUACAGGGCAGAUGUUAUGAGUCACUGAAAUUCUAGUAUUCGCUUUCGUCAUAGAAAAUUAACCUUUAGCUCAUUGCCAUGUUCCUCUGGGAGGAAUGUAUGUGUAAAUAGUCUAUAUACAUAUUAUACAUGUAUUAAGGAAUUCAUUCCUUUUGCAUUAGAUUAAAUGUAAAAAAUUCUUUUGGUUUGAGUCAAUCAUAAUUGAAAAACUGAUUGUUGCAUUCUUCAAAGAUGCUAUAUGAAGUAAAUAAAUUAGAUAAACAUUAAUAUUCUGGUACAUGCGGUAACAAAGAAAUAUCCAAACUUUCUGUGUCGUCUAUUUUCUUUACCUAAAUAUACUAUAAAACAAAACGCUCUUUUCACUGGAAGACAUACAAAACAUCCAAACAACCAUGACAAGCUUUAACUGUACAA